AUGGAUCACUUCAACUCCACCAAGACUUCCUUUCCGGCUGUUUAUGCCACCGAUGGCUUCUCUCCGGCCCAGCCGUCUAAGGCUCGCCGCAUCGGCAAGCUCAUUGCGAAGGCUGUUCUGGCCAUCGUCUUCCUGGCUUUUGCUCUUGUUUUGAUUUACCAGGUCGUCCAUGACAAGCAAGACUAUGAUGCUCUCCUCUCAAAGUACAACAACUUGCUUGCCGAGCAGGACACCAAGCCCGUGGCCCCUGUUGCUACUCUCGUUCACCGGGCCAUGGAGUCUCCCUCCCAGUCGUAUGUGUACACGACCACCACGGUCACUGAGGGUACGACCGUUACCAUUGAGACCACUGCCUCGUCGUCUAGCCUCCCUGCUAGCUCGUCUGUCUCCUCCCAGCAGUGUAGUGCCGGUCUCCCUGGGACCGUCACGGUUACUGUCACCGGUGGUGGCUCGUCCUCUGUUCUCCCUUCCUCUUCCCCAGCCCCCAUCACUGUGCUUGAGACGCACGUUACGACUGCCACGAUCUAUGUGACAGCCAGCGGUCUCGUCACCCCCAAGGCGGAGACGCUCACGGUGACGGCUACCGCAACGGAGUUUGCUACUGUCCACGGUGGUAACAACAAGACCUCGAGCGGUACGUCCACCAGCACUGCUGAGGGUGUUUGGGGCACGAGUGCAUCUACCAGCUCGUUCCACCUUACUCACUUCCCCAACACCACCACCAUCCUCUCCCCUUACAAUACCGCAAGCACUGCCAGCUACACCCUCACUGUCCCUCCCGGCGUCAGUGGUGGCACUGGCAACACUGGCAAGCUGACCACACCUCUGGGCACCACCACUAGCCAGGUCGACCCAGUGAGCACGGUUGUCACCGUCUCCGGCGCCGCCAAGGCUAGCGGUGUCUGGGUUGGCAUGGCCAUUGCGGCCAUCUUUGUUGCGGCCUUCCACUUUUAA